GAUAACGAUUCCACCUGUCAUGCGCAUUGACAUUUGGACGCGCCUGGAAAAUAGUCCGCCUCCAUUUUAUGUAUACGCAUGAUAAAACGGUUGACGACGUUCCAGGGGCAAAUGGAAGAGGCUUUGAAUGUUAAAACGGAGACGCCACCUCAGAAAAAUGAAGAAACGGUUGUUCUACAAAACAUCCCGUUGGAAAACGAGGAGGAAAUACCGAUAGUUUUUGGCGAUUACGUGGAGAACAAUUCGGACGGAAAUCUUCACAUUAAUAGCGAACAAGAUGUCAUACAUACGUAUAUCAUACAGGAAGAAGAUUACAAUAAUAUUGAAUAUGAAGAAACAACGGUUGUUGAAGAAAGAGAUGAGAGUGACGAUGAAAUGUCUGAAGCGUCCAAGAGAGGCGAUCAUACUACAGACGGUGCUGCUACGGAAGCUGAUGAUUCUAUGGAUUAUGAAGAAUAUUGUGAGGAAGCUGAAGCCGAAGAUGACCCUGAGGAUCAACCUGAUUAUAUUGAUCCUCAAGAAUUUGAAGGUGGUGAUUAUGAGUGUGAUUUGUGUCAACGUAAAUUCAAAACUACAGCUGGUUUGAAAAGACAUAUUACUGUAAAUCACGCAGAAGAAGAAGAUUUGAAGGAUCCACUUACUUUCCAAUUGUGUUCUUGUUGUGGGGAGCCAGUGGAUUCAGCUCAUACAAUUGGAGAUUUUAAAUGUGAAACAUGCGACAAACUUUUCGUGCAGCAGAAUAGUUUAGAUCGGCACUGUAGUAUAGAACAUUGUGAAGGUGAUAUUUACAAAUGUGUGGAAUGUAAAAAGGAGUUCAAGAUGAAAGAACAUCUUAUUGAACAUAUGAAGGUGCACCCUCUAUCUAAAUGCAUCAAAUGUCCAGAUUGUAGUCGAGAGUUUACAAGGAAAUAUCAUUUAGAUAGACAUAUUGCUCAGACUGGGUGUAAUGGGGCUCCUAGAAAGACAUUUGUGUGCAAAGUCUGCAAUAAAGUUUUUCAUCGCAAAGAUAACUUGGCUGAUCAUCUAAGAGCCCAUGCUGGACAAGGAAAGAGGAAAAAGGUCUUCAUUUGUGAAUAUUGCCAGAAAGAAUUCCAUGGUUCUGCUCUCCUGAAUAUUCACAUAAGGACCCAUACGGGCGAGAAACCAUAUCCGUGUGAUUUGUGUCCAAAGAGGUUCCCUUCUAGUGGAGCUAUGAAGAAACAUCGACGGAUGCACACUGGAGAAAGACCUUAUGCUUGUAAAGAGUGUCAUAACAGAUUUGCAGCUAAGGAAACUCUUAAUCGUCACAUGCGCACUCAUACUGGGGAAAAACCCCACUCUUGUCAGUUCUGCGGGAAAUCUUUUAUCCAAGCUUCCCAACUGCGUGCUCACAUUUUCCAUCAUACAGGAGAAAAUGCUUACACUUGCCCUCACUGUAAUCGAGCUUUUAACAGAAAACUAAGACUAACAACUCACAUUAAGUACAUGCACGAAGGAGCUGAGCCAAUGGCUUGCUCCCAGUGCGACAAAACGUUCUUCAGAAAAGAGGAUUUAGCCAGACAUUUUCUGUCCCAUACAGGCGAAAGACCUUUUGAAUGCGACGUAUGCCAUAAAUCAUUUGCCGUGAAAUCUUCACUAAAAAUCCAUCAGUUAACCCAUCGCAAAGAGCCUCCUUGUAGUUGCGAUACCUGUGGCCGCGCUUUCAUUCGACAAGAUUGUUUGAUGCGUCAUAUGCGGGCUCGACAUAGAGAUGUGCUUGAAGAUAUAAUGGCCAGUGCAGAGAAGAAGAGGCUGCAGCAGCAACUACUGAAUGCCGCUACAGAAGCGGUGGCUAAAAAUCAAGGAAGUUUGACGGAAAAUAUGGUGUGGAAUGAAUUGACCCUAACUGAGUCCAUUAAAGAAUUGUUAACGAUUCUUGUUGAUGAAGCUUGCCUCCAAGAUUUUGGAUUCCCAGAUGCUCCAGUUGAUAAGAUUUUAGAUUCAGUUAUUAAGCGAUGUGGGCACAAACCUGCCUCUGAGGAGGAUUUUGAUUAUAUUGGGAGAAUGAGAGAAAAUGCCAAAUUGUUGUUUACUGUUGUGAUUGAUGAUGAAGCAGUCAAAUCUUUGUUGAAUAACCAAACGGUGGAUGAAGUGAUACUGCACGUUUUAAGGUUAGCAAAGGCUGAAAGUACUUAGAAAUCAUGAACAUUUCAAGAGUUUAGGUCAUAUUUUUACAGUUACAAUUUAACAACUUCUUUUAGUGUCACUGUAUAUAUAAUUUCUUUUUACAGUAAUAUAUUAUUUUGUAUACAAUUUAAAUGUUUACGUCACUUUAUGUUAAUACUAUUAGCAGUUUAAUUAGUGAUUUUAUUUGGGUUAAUAUGUAUGGGAAAUAAGUAUUGUUAAUAAUACAUAUUUUAAUAAAAAAAGUUUCAUUUCCUCUGUA